AUGUCUAAUUCCAAACCGCACGCUUAUUACUUCAUUCCUCGCAAGCCUGUCGCGGCAGACUCACGGGCGGGGCACAAUCUCCAUCAAAGCCUGACUCGGUCUCGGUCGAGUCUCUGGCGCGGAUGGAGCCCGGGGCUCCCUUCCUUCUCCGAGUAUGAAAGGACGACGUACAAAUUCCCCUGGCUCCAGGACCCCGAAGACGUGGGAGGCGGCAGACAAAACGCCGCUGUCGUCUUGGAGACCUCUGCCCCCACCGAUCGUUCACGCCUGCUCUCCGACAACAACAGCAGCACGCUCGCCGGGCCUUCGACGAUGAUUCCGCCAGAGGAGAAGCAUGAGCGCGUCACGUCGUCCGACGAUCCCGAGGACCCGGACCUGGUAACCUGGUCUGGGCCCGACGAUCCUAUGAACCCUAAGAAUUGGCCGAAGCACAAGAAGUGGACAGCUACAAUCCUGGUCUCGUGCUUCACCUUCAUCUCGCCAGUGUCCUCGACCAUGCUGGCGCCGGCGUUGGACACCCUGGCCGAUGAAUUUGACGUCAAGUCCGACAUCGAGACGUAUCUUCUCAUGUCGAUUUUCCUAUUGGCGUACGCCGUUGGGCCUUUUGUCCUUGCGCCGCUGUCAGAGAUGUACGGCCGUGUUGUCGUGCUUCAGUCUGCCAACAUGUUCUAUCUGCUCUUCAACACCAUCUGCGGCUUCUCGACUUCCAAAGAGCAGAUGCUUGCCUUUCGUUUUCUCAGCGGUCUUGGUGGGAGUGCUCCUCAAGCUCUCGGCGGCGGCGUCCUGAGUGACUGCUGGCGAGCCGAGGAGAGAGGCACGGCGACAGCUAUAUACAGUCUGGCCCCGUUUCUGGGGCCGGCUGUGGGACCCAUUGCUGCUGGAUACUUGACGCAAUACUUGUCCUGGCGCUGGAUCUUCUGGACCGUUUCGAUUGCCGACGCGCUCGUUCAGAUCCUGGCUUUUCUCUUCCUCUCUGAGACGUACGCGCCCAAGAUCCUGGCCGUCAAAGCCAAGAAGCUCCGCAAGACGACUGGCAACAAGGACCUCCAUACGGAAUACGACCGUCCGGACAGGACCUUUGGCCAGACUCUGCGGAAGAACCUUGUCCGGCCUUUCCGGAUGCUCUUCACCCAGCCGGCGUUACAAAUCACGGCGGUAUACAGGGCAUACCUAUAUGGUCUCAUGUAUCUCGUUCUUGCUUCGUUCCCAUACGUCUGGAGUGAGCAAUACGACCAAGAACCUGGCCCUGCUAGUCUGAACUACAUCUCGCUCGGCGUUGGCUUCGUCAUUGGUCUCCAAGUAUCCGGUCCUCUCAUCGACAGGGUCUAUCGAACCCUCAAAGCCAAAAACAACGACACCGGCGUUCCCGAGUUCAGGAUUCCCCUCAUGUUCCCCACCGCCAUCGUGACCCCCCUCGGCCUCCUCCUCUACGGUAUCGCGGCGCACUUCGAGAUCCACUGGAUCGUGCCCAACAUCGGCGCGGCGAUCCUGGCGGCGGGCCUCAUCCUCUCUUUCCAGUGCGUGCAGACGUACGUCAUUGACUCCUACGAGCGGUACGCCGCCAGCGCGGCCGGUGCGGCGGCCUUCGUGCGGACGAUGGCCGGAUUCAGCUUUCCGCUGUUCGCGCCGAGGCUGUACGACGUGUUGGGGAUCGCGUGGGGUAAUGUUCUGCUGGCCGGUAUCGUCUUCGUCAACGGCCUGAUUGUCCCCUUUGUCAUGUGGCGGUGGGGUGCUUGGCUCAGGAGCAAGAGCCCCUACUGCGCUGGCUAG